AUGAAUUUUCUUGGAUUAAAAGAAUUUAUGUUUACUGAAACAUUCUCUGAUAGACUUAUAUUUAGAGGUAAAGAUGCUUUGAAAGAUAAGAAGGCUUAUUUUAUUUAGAAAAAAAUGAAAAAAUAAAAGGAUAAACAUAAAGAAGGUGAUAUUGAAUUACUUAAUAUUCAAAAUGAUUGUUAUUGA